UUGCGGGUCUCCAACAGGCGGGUGCGUUUAUCGUUUAUGAUAUGGAAUCUCGCGGGCAGGAAAGAAACAGUUUCAAAAUGUCAAAAAACAGUAUUCAAGGAGAAAAGAACCAGAACAUUAAAGUUUACGUACGAUGCCGCCCUGUGAACGAUCAGGAACGUAAGGCGCGGAGCCCCAUGUGCGUUGAUAUGCAUGAAUCGAGGCGUGCUGUUACAGUGAAAAGUCAUCAUGACAAGACAUUCACAUUCGAUGGGAUCUUUGGCAAGGAUUCAUCGCAGAUCGACGUCUACAAAACAGUUGUCCAGCCUCUUAUCUCUGAAGUUCUUCAAGGAUACAACUGUACUGUUUUCGCAUACGGCCAAACUGGAACAGGAAAGACCUAUACCAUGGAGGGAGUACGUUCAGAGCAGCUACUGUCCUGGCAACAUGAUCCUCAUGCCGGAAUCGUGCCCAGAGCACUCCAUCAGAUCUUCUCAGAGGCGGGUGACCCCGGUCUGACAAUAAUCAAGGUUUCAUUCCUUGAGCUAUACAACGAGGAGCUAUUCGAUCUUCUUGGCUCUGGUGACCACAACACAAAGCUAAAGAUCUUUGAGGAUUCUUCAGCAAAAGGAUCGGUUGUCGUACGUGGCCUCGAGGAGGCGAUCGUCCGCGAUCGGCAGGAAGUAUACGCGUUGAUGGAACGAGGCGCUUCAAGAAGGCAGGUUGCUGCCACGCUAAUGAACGCUUCUUCCUCGAGAUCGCAUACCAUCUUCACAAUAACCGUGAUUUCAAAAGAUACAACGGACAAUGGCGAGGGUCUCAUGCGCACAGGUAAGCUGAACCUCGUCGAUCUUGCUGGUAGCGAGAACAUUGGACGAUCGGGCGCACAGGACAAACGUGCCCGUGAAGCUGGCAAUAUCAACCAAUCCUUGCUGACUCUGGGACGUGUAAUUACCGCGUUGGUGGAAAGGACUCCGCACGUUCCCUACAGAGAGUCAAAGUUGACACGACUCUUACAAGAUUCACUUGGCGGUCGUACAAAGACCUCAAUUAUAGCAACGGUUUCGCCUGCUCAAGUAAAUAUUGAAGAGACUCUAUCGACGCUGGAAUAUGCAUUUCGUGCGAAGAACAUCACAAACCGUCCAGAGGUUAACCAGAAACUCUGCAAGGAAGUUGUACUUAAACAUAUGACUGAUGAAUUAGAACAACUUCGUCGAGAUCUUAUUGCCUGUCGUGAAAAGAACGGAUUUUACAUAGAUGAGACCAACUAUCGUGAGAUGCAGAACAGGCUCGAUCUUCAGUCCGAGGAACUCCAGAAAAAAGCGCAGGAUGCUAUUGAAAGUGCGGAACGUAUCGAUCUGUUAAAAACGCAGAUAAACGAAAUCAAUUAUCUCUUUGAAGAGGCGCAACACAAACUUGAGCAAAAAACUCAAGAGAUGCAUCGUGUUCAAAGCAGGUUGAAGGAGGUAAACUACAACUAUACAGGAGCCAAGGUCCUUGUCAAAGCGCACAAGAUUACUGAAGAGAAGCUCCAUGAAGACGCGACGAAGAUGAUGCAGUGUUUAAAGAUGGCAUCGACCGAUGCGAAACUCUUACACGACAAGGUGCAGCGACAAAAUGACAUUGCUAGACAUAACGCCAGUGUUGUGGAAAAACUUAUGGGUGUUCUUUCGUCGAGUCUGGAUUCAUCAUUGCGCGGUGUGGACAAUGCCUUCUCCUCGUUGUCUUCUGUUAGCGAUCUAGGAAAAGACGCGAUCCAAAGCUUAAUGGAGGAGGGACGCCUACUCAGGGAAACCGACUGUGUUGUAGGUCAUAUAGUGCGCACACAAGAGAAGCGCAGGGCCGAAUUUCUAGCAAACUUGAUUGAGAUUGAGAGGCGUGCGGGUGAUAUUUCUGCAGCUCUACCGAAGCAUAAAGACCAGCUAAUUAACAGUGUUGAUGAGGCUUAUAAUAAGAUAAAAGAAGCCAUUGCCGGACAUGUUGUAUCGGAGGUCCGAAAAAUUCGCAAACAAGCGGAGGACGGGAUUGAUAAUUUGGUAAAAAUGUUGAAUGAUUUGAAAUCGUCCGCGGAAUUAUUGCAGGAAACUGUUGGCAAAGAAAUGUUUCAACUGGACACUAGGACUACAGAAAUGGCUACGAGUACUCUAAAAGCUACAGCGAGUUCAAAAAAACUAAUAGUCGAGCGUUGUGAUCAGAUGGAAGAGUUUAUCCGUGAAAUGGACGCGCUUCGAUCGAAAAUGGUUUCCGCUGUCGGAGAUCUUCGUGCUUUGCCUUUUGUUCAAGAUGAGAUCAGUGCGACAGCUGAGAAUAUUUCCAAGGAGGUUUCUCGUAGAACUCAAACUAUAACGGGUGCAGUAUCUACCUAUAAGGAUAACGUAUCUAAAGAAUGCGACAGUGCUGCAAAGAAAACCCUGGCGCUUAAGGACGAUAUGACCGACAGUGAGAAUAAUUUGGAGAAAUCGGCGGUUGACUCUAUGAGUCAGCAUGGCACUGAUUUAAACAUGUGCACUAAGCAAAUGUGUCUAGCUUUCAGCAAGACCAUCGAGGGUGUUGACGACAUUAAGAAAAUGGUGGUCUCCGAAUCGAAGAAGGUCCAUGCCUCGGUCCCAUCUGAGCGACGAAGUGUAGUGGCUUUGUGCGAAAAGGUAGCCGACACAGCGAGUCAGGUUAAGACAACUGAGAAGAAACUCCGCGAACUUAAGGAGGAAGCUCUUAAGUCGCUUCGAGAGAAUGUAAAGAUGUGCAAGCCAACCGGGUUGACACCGAUGAAGCGAGUUUAUGAUGCGCCUCGAAAAAUAGCGAGCACUCAGCCAGCAGAUAUACUUUUAAACAGGCUACAAGCACGGUAUGAACAAGCAUCGCCCGAAGAACGUUGUCAGCUGGACGAAGGGCACAGUCUCCUGUUGGAUAUUUCCGCCUCUCCCGAAAUGCUCGCCCUCACAGAUGACAGUUUCAUAGAAAUCGACGAGCAGAACAAAGAAAACCAUGUCGGGUUCGAAUAAAGGAUCUAAUCGGGAGUGGCCUAAUAGCUGGCAUAGCUAAGACGAAGCGAUUCGGUUCGUCGGGAUUUAUCGGUUGUAAAUAUAAUGUACUAUACCAUUGCACGAUCGAACUAAUUAUAUUAUCUUGGUUUUUCUGUAAAUUUUCGUGUACUUAUUUCAAUUUCGGUUCUUGUGUUGUGCUUUCAUUAGAUAUAACAUUCAAAACAGGAUAUAAACAAUACUGUACCUUCUGAGUUCAGAGCUACGAAUAAUCUUGAUAAUAAUAAUAAUAAUCGUAACCAUGUUGAUUGAAAUAAUAUCCGAACACAAAAGAAAAAAAAACUAUUUUCUCAUGAGGCCAACAAAAUAAACUAGCUUCAACUUAUCGACGAGAUAUUUAACAAAAGAUUUUAUCUAUUACAUAUAAAUGCAAAUAAAUGU